AUGGAAUCUCAGCUCGUGGGCCAGGAGAAAGAGAAGCCAGACCUUGACAAUCUAAUUUCAAAGCAAGAUGAGCCUAUGGUGAUCUCAGUCUGGGGAAUGGGAGGUCUUGGAAAAACUACUCUAGUCAAAGAGGUCUAUGAAAGCCAAGAGCUAAGUGGCUUAUUUGAGAAACGUGCUUGUGUCACAAUCAUGCGUCCAUUUAUUCUUAGUGAUGUCCUCGACAGCCUAUGUAUGCAGCUAGAUCCAGAAUACUAUAACAAGAAGGGCAAUGAUUUUGGGCUAGGCAGAAGAAAAAUAACAGAAAAUGAAGCAACAAUUGAAGAGUUGGGUAUGCUGGGAAGAAAAUUAACAGCUGAAGCAUUAAUUAAAAAGUUGGACAGUCUUUUAAAAGGAAAGAGGUGUCUGAUUGUUCUCGAUGAUCUAUCUUCUCUUGGGGAAUGGGGCAUGAUAAUUCGAAGUCUUCCUGUAAUGAACAGUAUGUGCCAGAUUGUAAUCACCACAAGAGAAGAGAAUAUCGCAAGGCAUUGCUCACAAAAACAAGAAAACAUAUACAAGCUCCAGUUUCUCGAAGACAAGGACGCUCUUGACCUCUUCACCAAAAUGGUAUUGAUACAAUGGUUACUAAAACUAGUGGUGGUAUCAACUUAUCAUCGCCGUGUGAUACUGAAGUCAGACAUGAUACCAACUUAUGACCGUUGGUUUGUUGCAAACCGCGGUCAUAACCUUGAUUAUCACUAUCGAUCAUCACCGGCAAGGGUGAAAACCGACGAUGAUGGGCGUCCCACAACCAGCGGUCAUAACCUCGAUUAUCACUACCGAUUAUCACCAACAAGGGUGAAAUGGGCGAUGAUGGCCCUCUCAACCUGA